AUGGGAAGUUUAUAUUUGUUUCUGCUGAAUCAUAUUCUCAGAUUACAGAUGUUGCCGGUUAGUAUACGUAGUAAAUUCUUGGGACGUUACAUCAGUAGGCAGUUGUGUGAUGCAGAUUCGGACUGCGGUACAGAUGAUUUUGACAGUGGUCACGACGGAAGCUCCGAAAGUGAAGUCGACGAAGAACUAUUAUCUUCGACGGCAACCUGGGGACCACCACACCAGCGUGACAGGAGGGCUGUGAAUAAUUUUUCCAGUGGAGCAGUGGGGAUAAAUCUCAAUGAAGCUCCAGGCGUAAAUAAGGAAUCAGCCCCACUCUGCGUUUUCAUGCUUUACUUCGCAGGAAUUAUCCAGCUGCUGGUGGAAGAGACUGACAGAUAUUAUCACCAGGACCUAGACAGACUUGAAGAUGGACCUUCUCCGCGCCCUGAUGUAACCGACUCCGAGAUAUUUCUGUUUCUAGGAAUCAUCAGUCAAAUGGGACAUAAUAUAAGGGACAGACUAAAGGACUACUGGUCAACUGCUGAGCAGUUUUGCACGCCUUUCUACAGCAACACAAUGAAACGCGAGUGUUUUCUUCGCAUUCUUCAUUUCAUUCAUUUUGCAGAUAACAGUACAGAAAUUGACAGGAAUGCCGACAGUUAUGACGGACAAUGGAAAAUUAGGAUCAUCUUCGACACUCUAAAUGACGCAUAUCAAAAAUAUUAUAAUCCUUCUCAACAUUUGUCUGUUGAUGAAAUAAUUGUCAGAUUGAAAGGGAGGUUGGUUUUCAGACAGUACAUUCCUAAGAAACACAAAUGUUUCGGAAUCAAAAUCUACAAACGCUGUGAUGCUGCUGGGUAUACUCAUGACAUGAAGGUUUACUUAGGGAAAGACAGGACACGUGCCGACCGAGAUGUAACAGCGACGCAUGCUACGGUUAGGGACCUCUGCAGAAGGGUUGAGAGAGUAGGCCACAAACCGUACAUGGACAGUUUCUUUUCAUCACCAGACUUGUUCGAUGAACUAAUGACGAAGAAAAUAAGUUGCUGUGGGACAUUGAGACCAAAUCGGAAGGGCUUGCCUCAAGACUUUCGCAACAGACAACUUAGAUUGAAGAAAGGUGACAUUCGGGUUAGGGUGAGAGUCGACAUGACAGCACUAGUUUGGAAGGACAAACAUGCACUCUCCUCCAACAGAAGGCAAAUUCUGUGA